GGGUGGUUUUUCGCAAAUGUUUUCUUUUGUUGUUGCAGCGGCACGAAAAAUAAUUUCCAGCUGAAAAUUAAACCAAUCAGCUAAUUAAAUUAAGUUACAAAGUCAAUAACAGAUCAUAAAGCAUGAUAUAGCAGAGGAGAAGCUAGAAAAUCACACUUGGAAGUACAAAUAAAAGCGCUUGCAAAGAUGUCGCCGAAUUCUGUGUGGACUUUCUGCCUCCUGAGUGCGCUCCUUGUGACCUUGGGCUCCACAGCGAUUUCCUCGAGGGUUCUGGAACUCAGCGACCGGUUCAUCGAUGUGCGACACGAGGGUCAAUGGCUGGUCAUGUUCUACGCCCCCUGGUGCGGCUACUGCAAGAAAACCGAGCCCAUCUUCGCUCUGGUGGCCCAGGCUUUACAUGCCACCAAUGUGAGAGUGGGUCGCCUGGAUUGCACCAAAUAUCCGGCGGCAGCCAAGGAGUUCAAGGUUCGUGGCUACCCCACCAUCAUGUUCAUCAAAGGCAACAUGGAGUUCACCUACAAUGGAGAUCGCGGUCGCGAUGAACUGGUUGAUUAUGCCUUGAGGAUGUCUGGACCCCCGGUUCAGCUGGUCACGCGCACGGAGAGUGUGGACAUGCUGAAGGGAUCGCAUACGAUCUUCUUCAUUUUCGUGGGCCAACAGGAGGGCGUGGUGUGGGAUACGUACUACGCGGCAGCCGAGGGCUACCAGGAGCACGGGUUCUUCUAUGCCACCAGCGAGGAUAUCGCUGCCCAGCACUUUGACUUUGAGAAACUGCCAGCGGUGAUAGUCUACAAGGAGGAGCAGCACCACUUCUAUCCGCACGGUCACUUGGCCCACGAAAUGGACCCGAAUGAAGUGAACGAAACUGUUUUCCAGUGGGUCAACGUGGAGAGGUUUACGCUCUUCCCGAAGGUCACGCGAUUCAACAUCCAUCAGCUGCUGAAGACGAACAAGUAUCUGGUUUUGGCUGUGGUGCAGGAGGACAAGCUCAAUCAGAUAGCCACCCACGAGCUGGAGUUUCGGGACAUGGUCGAGGGCGUGAUAAGGAAGCAUAGGGCAAGAUAUCACGAGAAGUUUCAGUUUGGAUGGAUUGGUGAGCCAUCCAUAGCACAUUCCAUCAUUCUGGACCAACUGCCCACGCCGCAUUUGAUAGCGAUCAAUUCGAGCACCCAACACCACUUUAUUCCCGACGACGACCCCUUGCAAAUGACGCCGCAGGCUCUCCAUCUGUUCCUGGAGUCCAUCAGCAACGAGAGUGCAGUUGCCUAUGGCGGAGAUACGUAUUUUGUGCGCUUGAAUCGUGCGCUUUUCGAGGUUCGUAGAGCUCUGAGGGAUAUGUGGCUGGGAAAUCCCGUGCUGACCACUGUUAUCUUCGGCCUGCCGCUGGGAUUCCUCUCGCUCAUUAUGUACUCCAUUUUCUGUGGCGACUGCUUGGUCACCGAAGAGGAUUCGGAUGAGGAUCACGAAAAGAAGGAGUAAGAGGACAAGUAUUUAAGAUGAUCUCGAAGUGAAUUUCCGAGGAACCAAGAGUAGAUUCCGCAUCCCAUCCCCUAGAGAAACUUUUCUACCGCCUACAAGUGUAAGCCAAAUCUAGUCAAACUUCCGAACCGCUUCAAGAUCCGCCAUUUGACACAAGGAAUUCGAUUCGCAUUCGUGAGUCUGGUUCUUUUUUUAUCGUUUUAAGUUAGUACAAGUAAUAAACAUGAUUUAGCGGAGGCGAA